UUACCAAUCACAAGAUGGCCGCCAGAAUCACAAGAUUCUCGAGAUACCAUAUAAUUUUUAUGACAAUUUCCCGCCGCUCUCCCGCUACUGGCGUUACGUCACUUCCGUUGAGGAGCGAUCACAGAACCGCACGUGGUGCUAGCAAACAGAAUGCCAAAAUCAAAGGAGAUCGUGUCUUCAAGCUCAUCUGGAAGUGAUUCUGAUAGUGAAGUUGACAAAAAGGUGAAGAGAAAAAAGCAACCACCUCCAGAAAAAGAAAAGCCAGUGAAGAAGCAGAAAACAGGGGAAAGUUCUAAGGGCGGAGCUUCUUCAAGGCAAAGCAGUGGCCCUGAGGAUAAUAUGUUCCAGAUCGGAAAAAUGAGAUUCGUUAGCGUUAGGGACUUCAAAGGAAAAGUCCUGAUUGACGUCAGAGAAUACUUCAUGGAUCAAGCAGGAGAAAUGAAGCCAGGAAGAAAAGGUAUUUCUUUAAAUCCUGAGCAGUGGAACCAACUGAAGGAGCAGAUGUCGGAUAUUGACGACGCAAUAAGAAAACUGUAGAAUUCUACCUACGCCUUGACGAAACCAUGUUUUCAUUUUAAGCACUCUUUUUACAUUUGCUGUUUUACUUUUUUUUUUUUAUACACGCUAUUGUACAUUUGGAUUGUAAAACAAUUUGUCGGCUAUUACACUUAAUCUCUUCACAAUUGCGUAGAAAUAUACACCACGGUGCAAUGUGAAACAUGUUUUUGUUUAAAAGUUACCCAUUACAAAUUAUCUUUAAUUGUUUGAAACAGAUGACACAUUUAAACACUCACUUUUUUUCCCCCUUGAUCCGUAAAGGGCAACUUAAAAGGACUGUGCAGACUCCACACAUUUUGUUUAUACUAAUGCGUAGGGCUACUGUACCACUUUCCACAGCCGGCAGCCUUAAGCAGCUUAAUUUACAGACUUCUUUUUUCCCCUACAGUGUUUUCAACAUUUCUCCUCCUUGAUGCCCCUACACUUAUGACACUGGAGAAACACAAGAGUUAAGUGCAAUGUAAAGCAAGGGUUAAAAUGCAACAUAGCCAUGUGCAUUAGUAUAGACAAAAUUAAGAGAAUUUUUGCUGGGCCUUAAGUUUCCCUUGAACACAAUGAUGAUGUU